AUGCCCACUGCUCACCCCAUCUUUGUGACAAGCCUAACCUUCCUACCACCGCGGGAAGCCUCCCUGAGAGCUGAUGAGCCCACUUACUCCACCGGGCGGGCAGCUGUACCGCACUACGAACUCGUCAGUGCGAGUGCUGACCGUGUUCUGCGCUGGCAUCCAGGACCCUCGCUGCGUCAGAUCGCUGCUAUCUCUAACGGCCUCAGUCGCGAUGGCCGAAACUCAUGGGCGCCGACCAUCUCCUUCCUCUUCCUCCUCAUCCUCCUACCUCUCCUUCUUGGUUUGGCUGAUUACCUGCUCUCCAAAUUUACCUAA